AUGGUCAAGUACUCCGAUCAUACUCGCUCGACAUUUGACUUGGCCAUCUCCCAGAUCGCACUUGAGCCAGAGGGUGGCCCAAUGGAUGGACAGAACAAGUUUGACCGAGUGAUACAACUCCGUCGGGCAAUCAUCCCAGCCGUAUUUGACUUUGUCGCCAUGUGGUCUCGGAUGGAUGGCUCUGUGUUCCCCUCUGGCAGCUACUCUGAGCCCGUUCGCAAGUUGUACUCGCCAUCUGCUGGCUACCUCGUCGAUUGGAAACUCAUCAGAUUGAACUUGGGAAAGCUAUUUUUUCCCAAAGAAAUCAACUAUCAAAGAAUGGAGGAGAUGUUCCAAUCAGCACACUUUGAACAAUACAUUAGACAAAUCAUUCAGAUCAAGUUCCUCCACGACACUAGAUAUCUGGUGGCUAUACACCGGACCAUGAGAAACAACCCAGUUGGCAAGACUGAUACCGAAUGGUCCAGAGUCGGUACUAUUUAUCAUGGGAUCUCAACUUUCGUGAUAAGUCCAUCUAUCAUUGACCAGAACAUCACACUGAUCAGGACUGCCCUCCCCGAGGUUGUAGAGUCCACCAAUCCAGGAUGCAAGUUCUCCUUGAGUUUCGAUGGAGUUCAGUUUCAAAAAGGGAGCCAGCCUGUUGGUUUGACAGGUCAACAGACGAAAGUAAUGUAA